AUGUAUUAGGAGGACACUCUUAACAUAAAUCAAAUUCAAUUUAAUCAACUUCUAUUGGAAGCUCAUAGUCAAUUUUAAUUAAGAGAUAUGAAUUAAGCAAUAAGAUUAUAUGAAGAAGCUUUAAAUUUUCAAGAAGCUGGAAGAGGUAAAAUCAAAUAUAAAUUUCAAGAUAUUGAUAGAAUGGCUAUAAUCCUAGCUAAUUUAGGAAUUAUUUAUUUUCAUAAUUGCGAUUAUAAAUAAGCAACUGAAAAGCUACUUUAAGCAUUUACAAUGUUGGAUAGAAAGAACGAUUUCAAAUGUGCAUUAUUAAUUAAGAUUUUAGUAAAUAUUGUUUUGUUAACAAAAUUUAGGGAAAUUUGGCAAUUAUCAAGUUAAUAACAACAGAAUUUUAAGAAUGUAAAGAUUAUAAUGAUUAAGCAAUUCAAUUAAUCCUUUCUGUGUAAAAUUAAUUAAUAUUUAGUUAACCACCAUUGUAAUAUCAAUUAUUUAAAGAACUAAUGUAUAUUUAUUAUAGAUUUUAAUCAUUUGAAGCUAUGGGAGAUGGCAAUUUUGAAAAUCUAGAAUAAAAGUGUACUGAAAUUAUAUAAUACUAAUAUAGAUGAUGGAUAGAGUUUAGCUUGCUUCUACUCUUCUAUGGGAUUGAAUCGAGAACUGUGUGGAGAUAUGGCUCUAGCUUUUAAGUAUCAUCAAAAAGCUCUUAAAUUAUGGUAUGACCAGAAAGAAAAUGGGUUUAUUGUCAUUACAUUAAGAAGAAUAUUAACUAUUGCAUAAAAUGAAAGAAUGGAUUGUAAGGAUUAUGUAUAAUAAUUGUAAAAAUGUAUGCAAUCCCCUGAAUUGAGGGGAAUAAGUCCAGAAAUUUUAUUUAAAGAUUGUGAAAAAAAAUUAUAAUGUGCUAGAGAAGUAUAUAUUUAAUGAAUUUUAAAUUUAGAUAACAACAUCAUUAUAAAAAUUAGAAUAAUAAUUGAAUUAUCAAAAGAAUUAGUAAUUAUUAUCAUAGCCAUUAACAGUUAAAUAACAAGAUGAAUUUUGGAAACUCGCUUUAAAAUUAAGACUCAAGAGAGCAAUCUAAUAUUGCUAUCAUCAAAUGUCCUAAUAAGAAGUUGAAAAUGCAUCUUUAUUAUCAUAAUCUAUUGCAUAACUUGAACAUUCUUUAAAAUUAUUGGACUAACAAUAACCAUAUGAAAACUAUUUAUAAAAUUUACCAUUCACAAAAGAAUCAGUAAAUAUUAUUAAAUCUCAUUUAUUGAAAUUCAAUAGAAUUUGUUUAAAAAUUUAAUUACAACCAUUUUUCAAUUAUCUUGAUUAGUUAAAACAAGAAGAUGAUUAAGGCCAAUAACUUUUCUAAUAGCCACAAUUUAAUUCCAAAUUUUAAACUAAUUAAACAUACAAUUAAUAAAUUUAAAAUUCACAUUAUUUAACUUAACAAUAACCAUAGUCUUUAUCUAAUAGAUAAAAAUAGUUUGAUUCAAUUAAUUCAUAAUAUAAUUCAUAAUAAAGUUAGGUUAAUAAUGAUUAUUAAAAUUAAUUGAAUAUUCAAUCAUAUCACUCAACAAAUGAUUAAUAAAAUUAUAUGGUUAGAGGAUAAAAUUCUAAUUAACAUUAAAAUAAUCAAUAUCAAUAAUUUAAUAAUCCUUUGCAAAGUAACUAUUCUCAAAAUAAUCAAAUUGAAUAAAAAGAUUUCUAAUCGUAAAAGUAUUAAACAGUAUAUGCAAAUAAUUAUGAAUAGCAGCCAUUAAAAAAUAGUGGUUAAUUUGGAUCAUAAAUUAUGGGUAUAACUGGAAAUAGUUAACCAAAAAUCAAUACUGUAUAAUCAUAAUAUUAAUAAUAAUAAUAAUAUUAAUAAUAAUAAUAAUAAUAAUAAUAAUAAUAAUAAUAAUAAUAAUAAUAAUAAUAAUAAUAUUAAUAAUAAUAAUAAUAAUAAUAAUAAUAAUAACAAUUUUAAUAAUUAUAAUAAUAAUCUUAGUCAUAAUAAGCAAGUCUAAAAUUCUCAAAAUCUUAAUUAAAUCCAUCACAAAUAAAAUAAGGAUAAAAUAUGACAGUAUCCCUAACAAAAUCAUAAAAAUUAAAAAACGUAAGUCUUCUUAAUGCUGCCUAUAGAACUGUCAUGUUGGGUGAUUAAUUAACUAAAUGCAAUAAAUCUUCAAAUGGAAGAAUAGAAAGAUUUUUUAUUUUAGCCAAUGAUGGGACAUUUAGAUGGGCUCAAAAUAAUAAACAUAUUAAUGAUCCAAAAUCUGUAAAUUCCUAUUCAGUUUCCGAUAUAAGAGGUUUACUCUAUGGGAAAGUAACAGAUGUUCUUAGAAAAUCUUACAAUGAUAAAUUAGAGCCUUGGUUAUGCUUUUCUUUGAUUAUGAAAACUAGAUCAAUGGAUUUUUAUGCUUAACCAUUAUAAGUAUGAAUUUUUAUUUUUAUUUGAGAUUAAUUCGUGGGUAUUUGCAAUGUCUGAAGAAAUAAAAAGAAGAAAUCCUUUAGCAUUUGUGAUUACUCCAGGAAAAAUGUUAUGGAGAAAAAUUAAUAUAAUAUUACAUUAUUAUUUUGUAGAUAGAAAAAAGGAAAAGGAAAAAGGAGGAAAUAAAAAAAGAAAAUAGCGUACAAAUACUUUUGUUCAUCUUUUGUUUUUAUAUGCUAAAAAUCAAUAUAGAUUACCUUAAAUAUAAUGA